AGCAUGAGGUGAUGAAAAAAGAAUAAAUGCCAUCUGACAAGUGAAACUGAAGAAUCCAAAAUAAACGAUAAAGGUAAAGUUAUUUACAAUGAUGCAGAAUGUCACACAAGAUGAGGACCAUGACUCAAACAAAGAAAUAAGAACCGUAGAAAUUGAGCAAGGUAGUCCGACAGGGCCGUCGUAUCCAUCACCAUUGCCAUUGGACAAAACUCCACCGUUGACGACAUCACAAUCGACAUUUGGACAAGAUAUAUCUACAAGUGAUGACGAUGAAAUAUCCGACGUAGCAUCCUAUAUCGGCCAACAGGACAUUGAAGAUGAUGUCGAUGACCAAGACCUGGAGCCUUCUACUUUCCUGUUGCAAAAUGAGGGCAUGGAAGCUUCCAAUCUGCCAUCUAUAGACCCAGAGACGCAUGCACGUCUGGAGGCUUUGUUAGAGGCUGCAGGUAUUGGAAAGCUUUCCACUGCAGAUGGAAAGGCUCUAACUGACCCAGAAGUGUUAAGGAAACUCACAUCAUCAGUCAGCUGUGCCUUAGAUGAAGCAGCACAAGCUCUCCAUAGAAUGAGGGCAGAACAACAAGGCCAGCUAGGUGUUAUUGAAGGCUCAAGGUCAUUAGCCGAGGCUUGCAGUGAUGGAGAUGUACCCACUGUAAGAAAAUUGCUCCAUGAGGGAGGCAGUGUCCAUGAGACAACAGAAGAAGGGGAAAGCCUUCUGUCUCUGGCUUGUUCAGCUGGAUACUAUGAACUUGCCCAGGUGUUGUUAGCCAUGAAAGCCAAUGUUGAAGACCGGGGAAUUAAGGGAGAUUGUACACCGCUCAUGGAAGCAGCCAGUGGAGGAUACGUUGACAUAGUCAAGCUGCUUAUCACCCAUGGAGCAGAUGUGAAUGCCCAGUCAUCUGCUGGUAACACCCCUUUACACUAUGCUGCUUGUGGUGGCUAUGAGGAUGUGGUCCAGGUGCUGAUAGAUGCUGGUGCAAAUGUAGAACAGCACAAUGAGAAUGGACAUACCCCUCUCAUGGAGUCAGCCAGUGCAGGACAUGUUGGUGUGGCUCGUAUACUUCUCAGUUCUGGUGCAGGCAUCAACACCCACUCAAAUGAGUUUAAAGAGAGUGCUCUUACUCUUGCCUGCUACAAGGGCCACCUGGAGAUGGUGAAGUUCCUGUUAGAGGCUGGAGCUGACCAAGAACACAAGACAGACGAGAUGCACACUGCACUUAUGGAGGCCUCCAUGGAUGGACAUGUGGAAGUUGCCCGCCUUCUUCUGGACAGUGGUGCUCAGGUAAACAUGCCUGCCGAUAGCUUUGAGUCACCCCUGACCCUGGCUGCCUGUGGAGGCCAUGUAGACCUUGCUAGCCUACUGAUAGAAAGAGGCGCCAACCUAGAGGAGGUGAAUGAUGAGGGGUACACACCAUUGAUGGAGGCCGCAAGAGAGGGACAUGAAGAGAUGGUGGCACUUCUAUUGGCUCAUGGAGCUGACAUUAAUGCCCAAACGGAGGAGACACAAGAAACCGCCUUGACUUUGGCUUGUUGUGGGGGAUUCCUGGAAGUGGCAGACUUCCUCAUCAAAGCAGGUGCUGACAUUGAGCUUGGCUGCAGCACACCCUUGAUGGAGGCUGCUCAGGAGGGCCACCUAGAGUUAGUUAGGUACCUCCUCAAAGCAGGUGCCAAUGUUCGUGCACAGACAGGAACAGGGGACACAGCUCUGACAUAUGCUUGUGAGAAUGGCCACACUGAUGUAGCUGAAGUUUUGUUACAGCAUGGAGCUGACUUGGAACAUGAGUCUGAGGGAGGGAGAACACCAUUGAUGAAGGCUGCGAGGGCAGGUCAUCUCUGUACUGUACAGUUCCUUAUCAGUAAAGGUGCGGAUGUGAACAGACAAACAUCUACUAAUGACCACACAGUUCUGUCUCUGGCCUGUGCUGGUGGCCAUUUGGCUGUAGUUGAGCUCAUGCUGGCCCAUGGUGGUGACCCUGCACACAAACUCAAGGAUGGGUCCACUAUGAUCAUUGAAGCUGCUAAAGGAGGCCACACCCAGGUGGUGAAGCUAUUGUUGGAGUAUCCUAACAGGGUCUUAAUGAAUUCCUCACCUGACCUUGCUCAGCUUACAGACCCCCAUCUGUCAGAGGCUCGUGUUCCUGUUCAUGGUCUGGCGAACAUUGUCCCGCCCAGUGAUCCAGAUUCAACACCAUCCAAUAACUUCACCCCGAACAUACAACCAGGGGCAACAACAAAGAAACAGGGAGAGAAAGAAAUGAAUAAUCCAGUCAGAACACAGGAAGUUUGGAAAAAUGUACAGAAAAAUAUUGGCAAAAGGCCACAUAAUGGAAAUGGGGAGCCUGUUGUUAAAACAAACAAGUCCAAUGUUCCUCUGCCACCAACUGAUGUAACGUCGAAUAAUGCCCAAUACCAAUAUGGGGAAAUUGGAAGUUUGCCUGAUUUGAUACCUGAAGAAACUCUUGAUGUGAAAGCGAGAGAGCGCUUAGAGGCCAUCAUCAAUAAUGUUAUGGACAAAGAAUUAGACAAUACAUCCACAAAGGAAGAACAAAUCUUGCGUAAACAACAAAUUUUGCAGGAAUUACAAAAAGUUGAAAGGGAACUUCAGGAAAAGGCUCAAGCCCAACUACUUAUCAGUGCUCAGCACCAAAGGGAGCAACAACAACAGCAACAACAUUUACAACAGGUUCUACAACAAGGGGCCAAGGUCCUGCAGCGUACCCUUGAGGUCCAGGUUAAACGCAAGCAAGACGAAUCUACAGCGGACAGUCAGUCCUCUGAGGACCAAGACAAUCAGGAAGGAGUGGAAUCCUCACAAGGGUCCAAUGACCUGGACAAGCAGGUUACUAGUCUGUUUGCCCCUGAUGGGUCCACUGUAGGACAGAUUGUGUUCCCAAAUAUUCCGUACGACGGACUGUUACCUGUAACCCCUAGUCAGACAGCCCAGCCUGGCACUGAGGUUGUUAUGGAGGGUAACAAAGAAGCCUGGCCCAGAAACAAUGGUAACGUCCCUGUCAAGCGAAAUGGAAACAAGUCAGGGACACGUGGCAGUGGAGGCAUGAAAGUGUCUAACACAACCACUGCUACCACUACUACAACCACCGCUACAUCUGCAUCACAGGUCAAUGGGGUUGCCAACAUUGAGCAGGGUUUACAACAGCAAGCAGCUCCAGGAUUACAGCAGACUGCAGGUAACGGUACAUCCACACUGGCACUAUAUCGCCAACAGAUCCAGAAUAUCCAGGCAGUACGCCAACAACAGCAGCUGACAGCGCCCCAGGUACAGCAACAACAUACCCAGACAAUCCAGUUCCCCCAGCUCCAGUUGACACCAGAGCAGCAAGAACAGCUGCUGCAGAUGCUGAGUCAGCAAACCUUGCCUGGCCAGCCUUUGGCCCCACAGCCUCUUGCUCAGCAGCAGUUCCUUCAACAGCCUGCCUUGCCCCAGACAGGGGUUCAACUUCUUCCACCUCCCCAGCCCCAGGGGGCACCACCGGCAGGGCAGGCUCAGCAGACACAGGUGGUGCCCUCGUCUGCAGCAACUGCUGCUGCAUUAACACAACAGCAGUAUCUUACCCAGCAGCAGCAACAGCAACUGCUUCAACAACAGCAGCAGGCCCAACUGCUUCAGCAACAGCUUCAACAGCAGAUCAAACCGCCUCAGCCAGCUCCUCCGGCUGUUACUGUGCCAAAAAAUGCCCGCAAGCAGAGGAACCUGUACAAUACCCAGACUAUAUUACAACCUGGAACUGUCUUGUCACCUGGUGGAAGUCUUGAUAAUAUCACCCCACCACCCUCUACCCCACUAACCCCCAACCCCUCUCCUGCAUCCCCACAGAGCAUUUCUCCACUGUGUGCUCCAAUCGACCUUGAUGCACAAACUGAGAGUAACCAUGACACUGCGCUGACUUUGGCCUGUCAUGGUGGUCACUCGGAGCUAGUCAACCUUCUCCUGUCCAAGGGAGCUGAUAUUGAACACCGAGACAAGAAAGGCUUCACACCGUUGAUCCUAGCUGCUACAGCAGGUCAUGUGGAUGUGGUAGAGAUUCUCCUUGACCAUGGAGCUGACAUGGAGGCUCAGUCGGAGCGGACCAAGGACACUCCACUCUCCCUAGCAUGCUCAGGAGGACGAUAUGAGGUUGUUGAGCUGCUCUUGGGACGAGGUGCCAACAAGGAACACAGGAAUGUGUCUGACUACACGCCGCUAAGUCUGGCUGCUUCAGGUGGCUAUGUAAACAUCAUCAAGUUGCUGUUGUCUCAUGGAGCAGAAAUUAACUCCAGAACGGGUAGUAAGCUAGGAAUAUCACCUCUAAUGCUAGCAGCGAUGAAUGGUCAUACCCCAGCGGUGAAAUUACUGCUGGAUAUGGGAAGCGACAUUAAUGCCCAGAUUGAGACUAACAGGAACACUGCCCUAACACUGGCCUGCUUCCAAGGUCGUCAUGAAGUUGUCAGUCUGCUAGUGGACCGUAAAGCCAACAUCGAACACCGUGCUAAGACGGGUCUGACACCACUGAUGGAGGCUGCAUCAGGAGGUUAUGUAGAGGUGGGGCGUGUCCUCCUGGACAAGGGAGCUGAUGUAAAUGCCCCACCUGUCCCAUCCUCACGUGACACUGCUCUCACCAUAGCUGCCGACAAAGGCCACUACCGAUUUGUGGAACUACUUCUCUUAAGGGGUGCUGCUGUGGAUGUCAAAAACAAGAAGGGCAACUCUCCUCUCUGGUUGGCAUGUAAUGGGGGACAUUUGGAUGUUGUUCAGUUGUUGGUGUCAGCUAAAGCAGACAUUGAUAGCCAAGACAAUCGUAAGGUUACGUGCCUAAUGGCAUCAUUCCGCAAGGGGCACAUCAAAGUGGUUAAAUGGAUGGUGAAACAUGUAAAUCAGUUCCCCUCAGAUCAGGAGCUUGCGCGAUACAUUUCAACUGUCGGAGAUAAGGAGCUACAGAAAAAGUGCCAGCAAUGUAAAGAGAUCAUUGUGAGCGCCAAAGACCGCCAGGCAGCUGAGGCUAACAAGAAUGCAACCAUUCUGUUGGAAGAGCUUGACAAGGAACGCCAGCAUGAGGAAAACCGCAAAGCAGCUGCUGCUAAGAAAAGAGAGCGCAAAAAGGCUAAGAAGCGUGAGAAGCAACAGGAGAAGGAAAAGGAGACUGAGGAUGAUUGUCUGGUGAACUGCAGUGUAGAGGACAGUAAGAACUCUUCCCCUGAGCCGGAAUGUAACAGUGUGGAGGAAAAUCCUGGGUCAGAGGAUAGUAAUGAUGUGGAGGAAAUAGUCAUGGAACCACCUACAGCCACCAUUGUGUCCACAAUUGGAAUAGCAUUGCCAACAACUAACAUAGAGCCAAAAUUUAGCAAAGUGAAUCGCAUGAAGCCAACUACCAACACCAACAAUAAGGUGGAAAGUGGGAAGGUGAACACAACCGAAUCCAAGAAAAAUAAGCGAAACCGUGAAAAACGAGAGCGAUAUCCAGAUGUGGAGAACAUGCCAAUUCCGACGAUGUCUACUGAUGACACCACUACAACAACCACCACCAUUACGGUACGGCCAAGUCCAGGACGGACAAACAACCGCAACAGUACAGCCACACGCAAGAAAAAAGGUGAACGUGAUCAGGUUCUCAAGAAUGCAAGUACAGGCAUUGGUGAUUUGGAUGACUUUGGAACAUUACCUGAGAAUAUGAAGAUAAGUGAUAGAGAGCUGGAGAGAAUGAAAAAAACUGGAGGAAAAGCAAAACCUUCUGGAUCUGAUGUGGAUAACAAGAAACAUCACCACUCUCAUCCGAUGGCAGACAAGGGUAAUGUUGAAGUGUCCCCAGCCCCCUCCAGUCUGACUGUAAAGACGUCGCCCCUUGUCAAUAGUCCUAAGAAAGGACAAAAGAAAGAGGAAGGCUGGAAAGAAGUCACAAGAAAAAAAUCAUCCACAGCUCCAGAUGUUAAAGGUCCAACAGGCCGAGACAGAUCAAAGAAAGUGCAAGUGCCGUCAGCGGCAAUCAGUCGAGUUAUUGGACGAGCAGGAUGUAACAUAAAUGCAAUCCGAGAGGUGUCUGGGGCUCACAUAGAGGUGGAGAAACAAAGAGGCUCAGGAGAACGUGUUAUUACCAUCAAGGGUUCUGCUGAUGCCACUCGCCAAGCACACACUUUGAUUUCUGCCCUGGUAUCUGACCCAGACAAGGACUUGCAGGAGAUUAUUCCCAAGCUGAAAAUAAAGCCUUCAUCGUCCAAGGAUCAGUCCAUAUAUUUCUCUGUGGACGCUGCCAACACUGCUCUAGGCACCAUCAGCAACAACAUCAUCAACCCUGCCUCACAGGGCCUUGGCCAGAAGUCAAUUGGUAACUGGAUACCUGUGAGGAGUCAGCCUGGGAGUGUAUCCUCCACUGGUGUGACAGGUGUCAGUAAUGGUGUUCUACGUCUUUCUGGAGUCUCAAUGGCCAAUGCUCCCUCGGGUGGAGGCAUUGUGUGGGGUAAUACCCCACCACAAAACAUAGUCAGCUCUCCUAGACGCAACCAGUCAAAACAGUCCUCUGCAAGUGCUGCAUUCCCUUCACCAGUAGGAAGUGGGUCAGACAAGACAGCCAUGCGACAGCUGUUCCCGAAUGAGAACAAGAAGGGUGGUGGUUUUGGCAGUCCUUCUCAGACGUCCACCAACACCACUGUUACCUACAGUUUGGCAUCAACUUCUGCGGCCAAAGUCUCGACAAGUGCUUCCACAUUUGUGGUGAAGUCAGAUAAUGGAAAGUCUUCAGGUGGAGGAAAAUCAUUACAAGGAAGGCAACCAGGACCUGGCACCAUCAAGGUCUUGCAGAGGCCAGCAAGCCAGAAACAGGAUCCACUUCCCAUUAUAAGUAACCAACAAGUUGCCAACUCUGGCUUGCCUGUGACAUCUAUUGAUGGCCAUCCUGUGAUACCGCCCAACAGCAGUGGAAUGCCAGGCUUCUCCCCUUUCAAUAAUGCAUUUAGCAAUGUAGCAGAACAGGUGCUUGGCAAUAAAAAGGAUGAUAUUGCCGAGAGAAUGAAUUUCGCCAGUGUUGCAGCGGCAGGAGUAGUUUCAUCCAUGGUGAAUUCCAACAGUCCUACACCUGAAAUGAUGAAAAGUGAUGCUUCAUUGCAGGCUAAAGCCCCAGGAUACAGGGUGUCUGGCUCAAAGCCAUUGACACAACAGGACCUAGCAGAUCCCACCAAUAAUCCAAUGUUUGCUGGAGGAUUCCCGCAAAAUCUUGCAGAUUUGGAAGCUGCCAGAACACCUGGGUAUAGAGGAAACAUGCCAAACCAGUCCCCAUCAAUGUCACCACGUUCUGGAUCAUCUACCUCAGGUGGGCUUUCUCCGCGAGGUCAGCACAUGAUGAUGGAUCCCAACCAGAUGUCCAUGGGCUCCAUACCGUCUUUGUCUAGUCAGAAGGACGAGUAUUCCACACCAUCUCAACCCAUGACUCUACCAAAGAUUGAGAGUACACUCAAUCCCAAUGCACCCAACUUUACAUCACGCCAGCCAGGCCAGAUAAACCACCAGGGUCCAAAUGUACCCAACCCCUCCUUUCCACUGGGCUACAUACAAAGUCUGUACCAACAGGCCCUGGCGCAACAGCUCAUUCAGCAGGCUGCACCAGGUAAGCCUGCUCCAGGUGGCAUUGGUGGACCCAAUCCAGGUAUCGUACAAUCAAAUAUGAUAUCUCAACAGGAUUUUGCCAACCUUAUCCACCAGUUUGUUGCCAGUGGACAAGCUCAGGCCCCUGGGGGUCCACCAUCUGUGCCGGGAGGUCCACCACCAACAGCCCCAGUUGGGAUGGGUGUACCAGGAGCUAGGCCACAGAACCCACCACAGCGUCCCUUCUCGCCCCUGCCACCGCAGGCACGCCCAAGCAGUGCCCCCAGUAUGGGUGGGAUGCCGAAAGAAGGACCUUCUCCCGGCCCCAUAGGCCCUCCUCCCAGUGCCACAUCACCCAUGGCUGCGACACCACCUCUCCAGGAGCAGAUGAAGGGUGACCAGGAAAGGCGACCACCACGUCCUGUAGGUGCUAUUGGGGGCGAGCGUGCCCAGAGAAGAGCACCUGGGGCAGGUGUGACAGGAGGAGGACCAGAUUAUGGGAAAUAUUGGAACCUUGCAUCAGAACUGAAUAUGCAGUGGAACCAUGGCAGUACCAGUGGAAUGACUCCAGCACAGGGUACACCACCUACUUCCUCGUCUGUGAUGAACCGUAGCAAUAUGUCAUCCACGCAGACUUCUACCCACACAGAAGAGCGAGUGGGGCCAAGUCCCUUGCAGAAUCACACAGACUAUAUGGAAGCUCGAGGUGAUAUGACUGAGCCGGGCAUGGACAAGACGCUACCGAACCAGAACAUGAGUAGUAUGCCAUUUUUUGGCAAGGUAAUGGAUGGGGGGCACUUCCCUAUACAGCCGACCUCCUUCAGCCCAGGCCCAGUAGGGGAUGCUAUGUGGAACCCCCAGGUCAAAGGUCAGGCGCCGGAGACCUCAGACAAGAUGUGGAAUUCAUGGAGUUCACAGACGAGCAUGUGAUGUGUGUGAGCUCAGCAUUUGACUUGCUACAAAAAGUAAAAUUGAAUGUCAGAUUAAUCUUCCUGGAGUAGAUGGUUCUUCGGUAACCUAGGACUGGCUUGAUUCCCUUGUGAUGUGUAUUGGACUGCAUCAAGUCAUAAAAUGAUACCAAUUUAUGUUCAAUUGAAAUGAAAGAAGAAUAUUUGCUUAUUUCUUUUUGUUUUGUUUAUUUUUUUUCCUUGUUACUUCUUGAGGCAAAGCUAUUCCUUUCUUGGACACAUAGAUAAAUGUAAACAAGGUAUAUAAUAAAUACAAAAACCAACCUUGACAAA